AUGAAGAUUCUUCUCAUCUUUGUUCUUUACCUGAUCUCAGGACCAGCAGACGGCUCUAAUGUGACUGGUUACUCAGGAGGAAGUGUCAUUAUAUGCUCUGAUCAGAAAUGGGAUUCAAUGAACAGUAAAUAUAUUUGUAAAACAGGACAACCAGGCUGCACAGAUGUAAUAAGGUCUUACUCAAAAAGCAACAAAGUGCAGAGUGGAAGAUUUAUGCUGUAUAACAGAGUAGGAACUGUAUUUGGAGUGUUGAUCAGAAGGCUGAAGCCGCAGGAUGCUGGUACAUACAGAAUUGGAACAGAAAAUCAGAACAGCUAUGAUACUGUGAACCUGAAAGUAAUUAAUGAUUUCUGUUGUGGGGGGUCAAAAACCAUGAAUGCGUAUCUAGGAGAGAGUAUCACCCUCACCUGUAAAUAUCCAGAGGAAUACGAGACAUACUAUAAAGAUAUCACAAAAUUUAAUGAUGAUGCCAAUAUUGAAGACGUUAUAAACACUAAAACAUCAUCUCAGAAUGGCAGAUUCAGUAUUUUUGAUAAUAAAAGUGCUAAAGUUAUUAGUGUAAAGAUCAGUAAUGUGACUGAUAAUGAUGAAGGAUAUUAUCUCUGUGGAGUGUGGAAAGGAGAAGGCUCAGUCAGGUACUUCACCUUCUUCACAGAGAUUCAGCUAAAGGUUACAGCAAAACCCAGCACAACCAUCCAACCAACGACUGCCUACAGAACAACAUCAACAACACCAAAAGCAACCUCGUCUGAUCAAGCAUGUUACACAAAAGCUUCUUUUGUUGUCACCAUUGUGAGUGUCAUUGUGGCUCUGCUGCUGAUUGGAGGGUUUGCGAUGAUCUUCUACAAACUAAGAUGCACAAAAACUCAAGGUUCAAUGUUACCCAUGAUGUACCACCAUAAAAAUGUUGGUGAUGAGGACAACAAUCCAGCUAAUUUGUAUGAGAACUUCAGAAAGAACUAAGAUUGCAGGCUUGUAGUGCUGGUGUGUAGCUCUGGAGACAUGCAGUGUGUACUGUGUACUGUGUGUGUGUGUGUGUGUGUGUGUGUGUAAUGUGUGUGUGUGUGUGUGUGUGUGUUUGGCAGGUGGCAUUGCAUUGCUUAUAGUUUAUGGGGCUGUGGCUGUCAAAGCCAUUAAUUUUUUAAAAGCUACAAAAAUCAGAAUCUAAGAUGUUUAUAGAAGAAAAUUAAUGUAAUUAAUCUUAAUGGGUUUAUUACAAUGUUUAAAUUUGAGCUCUUGAAUCUGAAUAGCAUGUAUUAACAAGACUUAUUUCUGUGUUGUAUUAUUAAAGAAAUGUAUUAAAGAA